AUGUCUGUCGAGGUGGCCGGCCUUCGCCAGCCAGAAAUCGAGCCCGGCAACCAGUCGCUGUCUCCGUCGCAACCCAUGUCGUUUCUCAGGAGUACUCUCUUUCAGAUACUCAUCGUUGGUCUCUGUGCUUUCUGUGCACCGGGAAUAUGGAGUGCUAUGAAUGGACUCGGCGUCGGCGGUUCACAAAGUCCAGAUCUGGUCAACGCAGCGAAUGCUCUACUUUACGCCUUUAUGACGUUGACUUGCUUCGCUGGCCCGUUCCUUACCAACCUGAUUGGAUUCCGCUGGACUUUGGCAGUCGGUGCUCUUGGGUAUCCCCUCUAUGCAGCCGGCCUUUACGUCAACAAUCGGACAGGUGGAACAUGGCUCGUCUACUUCGGCUCGGUUGCCUGCGGCAUAAGUGCUGGAUUCUUCUACAGCGUCGAGGGAGCGAUCGCUACGGGAUAUCCUGAAUACCACAAGCGAGGCCGUUACGUCGCGACGUGGUUCACCUUCCGCAACUUUGGCAUGAUUAUUGGUGGCGCCAUCUCGCUGGCGCUCAACCACAAGGUUGAUCAGAAGGGCAAGGUUGGAUACGAGCUGUACCUUGCCUUCAUCGGCAUACAAUGUCUCGGUUUCUUCCUGGGUCUCUUUUUAUCCAACCCCGACAAGGUCAUGCGGGAUGACGGAAGUCGCAUCGAAGCGCCGAGAGGGAUCCGUUGGCGGACAGAGCUCCUCGAGAUGUGGAAGCUACUCAGGAGCCGUUCAAUUCUUCUAUUGACACCUCUAUUCUGGUACUUUGGCUGGAUUCAAGCAUACCCUGGUACCUACCUUGCAACAUACUUCAGCGUGCGCUCGAGAGCGCUAGGUGGUUUCGUUGCAGCUAUUGUAAGCACUUUCUCGACAUGGCUCGGAGGAUCACUUGUGGAUCUCCCGUGGUCCAAGAAUCGUCAGACACGAGCUCUAGCAACAUAUUCGCUGAUUGUCUGUCUCAACACUGCAACCUGGAUAUGGGCUGUCAUCAUCCAAAAUGAGUAUCGAUUCACGCUCCCUGUCCUGGAUUGGGCCCUUCAGAGCGAGUUCGGACGCGGAUUUGGGCUCUAUAUGCUGGAAAGAGCGUCUCUUGGCAUGAUUGAGAACUUUAUCUACUGGGCAAUCGGAAAUCUGUCGGACUCGCCCGGCGACCAGAUUCGGUAUAGCUCUUUGCUUCGUGGCAUCGAGACGGCAGCGGUAGCAGUGGGUUUCGGGAUCCAAGCCGUUCCAACCCCCCUUAUUGCUACAGCAAGCAUCAACUGCGGUCUUUGGUUCAUCGCUCUACCAUUCAGUUACUUUGCCACUCUGCAAGUUGUGAAAAAAUUCGAAGAGCAGGACCGGAUGCAAGACCGGAUGCACGAGGUGGCGGAAAUUGUGGGACACAAAGCCUAG